AUGGAAACUCAAAGAAUUCUCAUCACCGGUGCAACCGGCUACGUUGGCGGCAGCGUAUUAACAACGAUCCUCUCAAACCCCUCCCUCGCGACACUCCCCAUAACAGCCCUCGUCCGCAAUCAAUCCCAAGCCUCAAUUCUCUCCUCCCUUCCUAUAACACCUCUCCUCUUCACAAACCUCGACGAUACAGCUUUUCUCGCCGAAUUAGCUUCAACACACGAUAUCGUCAUCCAUGCCGCAAACGGUUAUCACAUCCCCUCCGCCCAAGCCUUCAUCCGCGGUCUCGCUCAACGGAAGCGCCAAACAGGACGUGACGUUCACUACAUUCACAACUCGGGAACUUCAAACUUUGGCGAUAGACCUGUUUCGAGAACGUACACUGAGAAAGGGACAUUUUCGGAUAAAGAUGAUGUUUAUGCUUAUGAGAAGAUGAGAGAGGGCAUUGAGCCGUAUCAUCAACGAACUGCUGACGUGACGGUUUUUGAACUAGGGGAGGAAUUGGGUGUGAAGACGUAUAUUAUCUGCUCGCCCUUGAUCUAUGGAAGGGGCACGGGAUUGUUUAACAAGUCGUCGAUUCAGAUUCCGACGAUUGUUAGGGCUGCUCUUGAUAAGGGACGGGCAAUUUAUGCUGGUGCGCUGUACACACUCAUUUUGGCGAAAAUUGUCAAGAAAGAAGAUGUACCAUUUGGGAAAGAGGGUUUCUUCUUUGCGAAUCAUGGGAAACAGUCUUGGCUUGACAUAGCGAACGAGAUUGCAAGAGUUGGCCAUCAACAAGGCAAACUUGCCGCCGAACCAGAGAGUGUUGGGCUGAAGGAGGUCAGUAAAGCUUGGUUCGAUGGUGAUGAGCACCUUACGGAGCUUGGAUUGUGUUCUAGGUCUGAGACGAGGGGGGAUCGGAGUCGCGAGUUGGGAUGGGAGCCGGUGAAGGAUGAUGCGAGAUGGAUUGAGACUGUGGCUGAGGAAUUUGAGGUUGCUCUUGAAGCUAUGGUGUGA